CUAGUCCAGUCAACUCCACAUCAAGCAGGCCAUCACAAUGUUUCGUCACCCACCAACAUGUGGCUGUGUCAGCACACGUGUGGCGCUGUGGCUGUUGCUCCCCCAACGGGAACCAUCAACAGUCCAUCUUUCUCUGGUAAUUCAUCAAGACAAUUCAGAGAACAGAACGACCGGUUGUGGCAUUUUCUCCAUCAUACAUAAUGUUGCUCGACGAGGACCCCGCGACGCUCAUCCACCACACCAUCGGCAACUUCAACAUUCAACCAGACAAACAAGCCGUCACACGCAUCAAUGACUCCCUAUCUACCUUGCAACAAUCUCGCGAGCUGCGCAUGCGCGAUGCCGAGUCGGCGCUCCGUAAACUCUCUCGCAACUUGCACGCCCUGACCGCGCAACAUGAGGAGGCCGUGUCGGCACACGACUCGGCAAAGCACGCUGCGCAGAUGGUCGAGCUUGACACGAAGAAAUUCCGGAUCGCCAAGGCCGCAACAGAGCUGGAGAUUGAGAGCGAGAGGCUGGAAGGCGAGCUAGAGAUGCUCAAGGAGAGACUGGCCGAGUUGGAAGCGCAGGGACUUGAAGGCGAUGAAGCUACGCGGAGAGAGAGGGAGGCCGAUGAUGCGACCAUACUUCGCCUCAAGAUCUACCGGUCUUUGGGCAUUGAUAUCGAGGCGGACGAGGCCGGAAACUUUGGCAAGGCUGUUAUUCGCAACAGUCGCAAGGGAGACGUCCACGUGGUCAAUAUGGACCCCAAGUUCUCGCGUUUCUUCUAUGCCAAUUACUUUUGGUCGACUAUGCAAGGUUGAGUUGCGCAAUUUGGUUAUGGCGUUUGGUUUCCUCCCAGGUGGACGUGAGGCGUACAGUUUUCGAGUUGUGGGAUAUGAUGACGCAAUGCUUGUGAUCUUGAUUUCUGUGUUUUGCCAUUUGUCGCUUGAUAUACCCAGGGAUUCAUUUGUACUGUCAAUCCGAUAUACUGCUUUUUU